GUUGUGAGUCAGCUGGUGAGCCAACGUGACACGGAAUGCUUUUUUCGUCAUAAAAACACAUAUAUUACAAAGAGUUGAAGGAGAAAAAAUGUUUUGGUGAUAAGGGCGUUUGUGAGCUAAAUGUAGUGCGUGUCGGGGCAGUCAGUAUUUUUGCACCUAAUCCCAGACAAAGCAGUAUUUUCUCGUGGUGCUCCAAAGCCCCGAAGUCAAAGCCCUCGUUUUCGUAUGGCUUCACUCUGCCUAUACAUUCACGGAAUCUCCGCGUAAACAGAGAAUAUUGAUUUAGCUAUUCUCAACAUUCCUGGGAAGCACAAUCAGUGAUGUGUCUGAUCUCUCCGCGACAUUGUCCAGCAUCUGUGUGAUUGAGAGAAUGUCCGAGUCCCAGGGGCUCCUAGCCCAUCAGCAGAAUCAAUCAGCAGACUAUGGAAGUGUAAUUCCGGACGAGAAAGUUGCCCAAGAAGACGGACAAGGGGAUACCGAGAUGAGGUCCACACUGCCCCUCAUCCAUAAGAUUGGCUUUGGCAUUGGCCACGUGUACAAUGAUCUGGCUGCAGGAGUGUGGUUCAGCUACACCCUCCUCUUCAUGCAUAGUGUCAUUAGCUUGCCGGGACCAGCUGCUGGAGCACUCGUGAUGUGGGGCCAGGUUAUGGAUGCUGUAGCUACGCCAAUUGUGGGUCAUCUCAGCGAUAAGUACGGCUCCAAGCGUCAGUGGCAUAUUUUCGGGAGCGCUUUGGUGUUCAUCUCCUUUCCAGCGAUCUUCGCUGUUUGUCCCAUGUGCAAUCCCUCCCAGCAAAUCUGGGAGAUUGUCUACUUUACUAUUGUGAUCCUCGUCUUCCAGACGGCAUGGGCUAUUGUGCAAAUCUCCCAUCUUGCCAUGAUUCCGGAAAUGUCACGCACUCAGAAGGAUCGAUCAGAUCUUACUGCUCUACGGUAUUCCGGAGCUGUGAUGUCAAAUCUCAUUGUCUACGGCAUUACCUGGGCUGUUCUGCAAGGUAGGAGUACGGAUACCACGACCAUUGGACCAGGAGAUGCCUUCAGAUUUCGGGAUUUAGCACUGAUCAUCACUCUCAUUGGAGUAUCAAUGUCAGUGCUCUUCCACUUCUCCUUAGCUGUGGCUAGUUAUGAUCACAGACGGCAGCAAAGUAUCCCAGGAGGACAGCGUCGAUCAGCCGAAAGAGUUGCCACAGAGAAUGAUCGGCUACUUGGAUCAGAUAAUCCCAGUGAAGAUGUUUCCGUGACUGUGAUUGGAGGUAGAUUCCGAAGGGAUUUCCUUAAAAAUCCCCUUCUCUACCAGAAUGCCUUACUUUACGUCUUUGCACGGCUGUUCAUGACAACAGCUCUCAUCUACAUUCCCCUGUGGAUUGACGAAAGAUCUGCUGCUAUGGCUGCAGAAGGAUUAUCAACUGACAAGUCCGUUGAUCAUAUUGCAAUUGUGCCUCUGGUCUCUUUUGUGGCGUCCUUUGUGGCAUCACUCCUUCUUAAGAGUCUCAACCGUUUUAUUAGCCACCAAGUUGCGUAUCUUUUUGGUUCCGUCGUGGGAAUUGGAGGGUGUGUACUAGUUGGGCUUGUGUCUCCAUCAGCUGCUCUGUCGAUCCUCCUUGCUGUAGCCGUUCUCUUCGGCAUCGGAAGCUCCAUUACAAUGAUCAGCAGUCUAUGCAUUACAGCAGACAUGGUGGGAGAUAAUACAGAUCUGGGCGGAUUCAUCUAUUCCGCCGUCACUUUUGCCGAUAAACUCAUUACUGGCGUAGCUGUUCUAGCCAUUGAAGCGAUGAAAUGCAAGCUAACCAGAGAAUGUCCUGAAUACUACAAGCGUGUACUCUCUUAUGCCUGCGGUGGAGCUGCUUGUCUUGGAAUCGUUACAUUAAUCUCCCUCCAAAUUACGAGACUAUGCUGUCGUCGUUACCGAAGAGUGUCUGUUACUACCCUUUAAGACAGGGUAGUUGAGCAGAGUAUUAGAAAACAAGGAAUUCAAAGAAUUCCCAUCAGAACAUUCCUCCAAAGUAUUUUCUAUCCAAUAGGAAUUGGUAUUUAAUUUUGUAUUUGGAGUUACUUUUUUUUAACUUUAUAAAUUUUAUUUUACAACUGUUUUUAAACAAAAUAAAUUAAUGAAAUAAUGGUAAUAA